AUUUGGCAGCCACUAAAAAUCAAAAUAUGACAAGGAAAAUAAAUCCAGGCCGUCCAUUUCUAACGGAAUCACACGACAACACCACCACUUAUUGCAAAUUACCACAAAUUUCAACUUCAUAUUGUGACAACACUUCUCCAUUCCUCUAUAAAGGGGGGCUGCCAAAAUAAUACAGAUAUUCAAGUGAGCUCAAUUCGGGAAAAUGGAAAGCAACAAAUGUGAGGAGAGCAGAGAAUACCAAGAUUUGUUGUCUGUGAUGGCAGAUAAGCUAGAUGUCGAUACCUUUGUGGCGGAACUCUGCGGUGGAUUCCGGCUUCUCUCGGAUCAAACAAAGGGUUUGAUCACACCAUUAAGUCUGCAGAGGAAUUGUGGUCUAUUGGGUUUAGAUGGAAUGAGUUUUCAAGAUGCAGAAGCUAUGGUGGAAGAAGGCGAUCUCGAUGGAGACGGAGCUCUAAACCAGACUGAAUUCUGCAUUCUUAUGGUCAGACUCAGCCCUGCUAUCAUGGAUGAUGCUGAGACUUGGCUUGACAAAGCUAUUCAACACGAGUUGCACCACACUAUUUCUUGAUUUUUCGAAAAAUUAUGAUUCUGCGUUUUAUUUGUUUGUGCCGAUCUACCAUAUCUUUGUAUGUAUAUCUUUGUAAGAAGCUUGGGUGAAUUGUUGGAACUAUGCACUACCAAUUUCUAUAACAUGUCCAUAUGUUGUUGCUCAACAAA